GUACACCUACACAAGCACAGCUACGCUCAGAAGCUAUGUUGUAAGGGGCACAUCUGUGUUAGAUGAUUUGAAUUUUUGGAAGGCAAUUCUUCAGCGACUCCCUCACACCUUGGAGGUCGAGGUAAAAAAUGUUUACAACCAACAUGACCUCAUCUGUUCUGUUGACUUUUGCUCUGGCUUGGAUUUACUUCUUUUCAGUCUGUGGCAGGCCGACAAGUGUCCACCUGCGUAACAUGGACAGUUUCAUCCGAGCUGUGCAGCAGGUUGAAGACUCCAACUCUGGUCUGUCCCCCUUGGCUCUGGUCAUGGCCUUGCGGCGAACUGCAGGCCACGAUGAUGCAAUGACCAUCCAUUACUUGGGAGCUUCCAAUAAUCUCAGUGAUACUGAAGCCCUAGAGCAAGCAAUCCUCAAUGCUUCGUCCUUCAGCUUUUUUGACAAGGCUAUCCACCAUAUUGUGACAGACCAUAGAGAGGAACGAGGGGUGGUCCUCGCCCAAGAUGGCACUACGGUCGCCCUUGCACCCUUACUGCUAGGAAUCGAGUCAGGACUAAAAGCAAAUAUAGAGAGAAAGCCAGCAGCUGGAAUAUUCUCUCUUACUUUGGGCAGGACACUGGGUCUGUCCUUCAUCAGCCUCCAGGACUUUCCAGCAUCUCAGCGUCUAGGGCCCAGUGGGUGCUGGGACAGCCUGGACCACCCUAAAGUGUUCAAGCUGUCUCUGCCUGCCACUCUGGCCACUGAUGCUAUGAUUAAUGGUGGUAUGGAUGGAUUUAUACUGGGCAAGAACCUCAGUGAGCUCAGUAGAUCAGGAGAGCCAGAGGCCCUCAGUAAGAUUCUGAAACGAUACUACAGUUUUAUUUUGCACAAGGGACAAGGACUUGAUGCUGUGACCAGCCAUAUUAGCCCAAGGCGAAGGGAGAUCUCCAGGUCCCUGCUGGACACACUUGAUCUUCAAAGCCAGGUGAUGGAGACACUAGCAUUGGUCUGGGAGCUGGAGCACACAGAAUGGAUUGCUAUGGACACUGGAAUAGAGGGGGCAGUGAAAGAUGGACUGCGUGAAUUUUUGCACAAAUACUUGGACUGUCCUCACAUCAUCACUCCUUGUCAGUGGGGGGCAAAAGCAAGCCGGGACACCCCAGUCCCUCUGUCUCUGCCCCUACCUUUUCUGUAUGUCCACCACACCUAUGAGCCAUCCUCACCCUGCUUAUCCUUCACUGAGUGCUCCCGUGACAUGAGGGCCAUGCAGCGUUACCAUCAGGAAGGCCGUGGUUGGAGUGACAUAGGAUACAGUUUUGUAGUCGGCUCUGACGGCUACAUCUAUGAAGGCAGAGGGUGGAGACACCUUGGCACACACACCAGGGGCCACAAUAGCAUUGGGUAUGGGGUGUCGAUCAUUGGUAACUACACAGCUACCCUUCCUUCAAGCCAUGCCAUGGACCUGUUGCGUUAUCGUCUGACCAAAUGUGCGGUAGAUGGAGGAAGACUGGCAGCAAACUUCACCAUCCAUGGCCACAGGCAGGUGGUGAACACCACCUGCCCUGGAGAUGUUUUCUUUUCAGAAAUAAAAAGCUGGGAACACUACAGAGAUUAACAGGAGCCCCACAAGCAUAUUAAUGUUCUCACACAUCAGUAAAGCUUUUCAGGGUUUGACAAGUGUUAAGUCAAUUAAAACUGUUUUACUAUAUAAAAACGGUCUCGACUUCCGACUCUGGUAUAUAAUUUUAAUGUAGAUGACUCAGUUAGUAAUGGAGUAUCGAUUGAAUAUUAAUAACAUUUUAAAUAAAUGGAUUUGCCUGGUCACUCUCACACGUGAGGCACAAGUGAUCUUACAGUACGACUCUUUGCUUCAGAGGGCAUUUAGAUUUUAAUGGUGUAAAGAUGGAGUACAAAGACUAAGAGUGUUCCAAGCACACAAUCAAAUCAAUCAGAAAUCAGAUAUUAAAAGAUGCACGUUAAUAUUGCACUGUGAUUUAAAGAGCAGGCUUCACAGCUCCACUGAUUCAACAUCAACCGUUCCAAACACAGACAGAAUGUUUGAAAGUUAAUUUAACAACAGCACGUUGGCUCACGUGCUGACAAUAAAUAACAAUAAUAAUGCUUUUCUUUUAUUAGCGCCUUUUCGACACAAGGACAAACAACAAUAAAAAACGGUAAACGGGGAGGGCAAGAGGGGAAGAGAGUAAGAGUUGCGGAUGUCUGGUGGGAGAGAAUUCCAGAGAGGGGGGAAUAACUCAUCAACAGGAUGCGUUGGGCGUGACAUACAGGACAAAGUCGAAAAGCAAAAACAAAAAGGUUUGCUUGUUUAUGAUAACAUAAAUAGGUAGGUGCAGACAAGGUAAUCCAUAACAGAUUCAGCCAGUUCUGGUAUGCCAUGGUUUCACUUUCCUUAUGUCUUACUGUAUGUGUUACCCUGACCCCACUGUACUUUGUGUUCCUGGCUGAGAGUGACUACUUAUAAUGCUUGUAGAGAUUGGACACACAGUUCAAUUGUUUAAAAAGUCACUGUGUGUUAUGUGUCCUGCACAUUGAGUUUCCACCAACUAAAUCCUGACAAACAUAACUUAAAGGAAUACUUCACCGAUUUGCAUUUAGCUUUGUAUUAGGGUAGUAAUUUUGAAAAAUGAUGCUUUCCAACCUCAGUUUCCCAUGAGUUAAGAAAUAUCGUCAUUAUUUUCUUUGUUACGUGCCCACCAGUAAGCACACAUUUUCAAAAAUACUACCCCUAUUCUAGUAAUACAAAACUAAACGCAAAUCAGUUAAGUAUUCCUUUAGGAAGGCAAAAAAAUUGCAGUGGGACUGUAAUCUCCACUCUGGCGUGUGUUGUCAUCCACUCAACAAGUGAAACUUCCACAAAAUACACACACCAAUGUAAAAACACUGGAACAAGCUGCAAAUCCAUUAAAAAUGU